AUGAAAACAAUAUUGUUGUUAUCGGCUUUACUGUACUAUGUUCAGGCAUACAAUGUCCCACCGGCUACCUUAGAAGCUAUUUACCCGAGAGGACUGAGGGUAUCUGUUCCUGAUGAUGGCUUUUCAUUAUUUGCAUUCCAUGGAAAACUUAACGAAGAAAUGGAGGGCUUAGAAGGAGGCCAGUGGUCCCGAGAUAUCACCAAGCCCAAGAAUGGAAGGUGGUACUUUAGAGAUCGUAACGCUAAGUUAAACAUAGGAGAUAAGAUAUACUUCUGGACUUAUGUUAUUAAGGAUGGUUUGGGAUACAGACAGGAUAACGGGGAGUGGACUGUUACAGAAUACGUAACUGAAGAUGGUAAACCAGUGGAUCCUGAUAAGGUGCCUGUACCGGUACCAACGUCCAGUACAAACCCACCAACACCAAUCUAUAAUCCACCACCACCGACCCCAACGAGCCGACCGGCUUGUAAGUUGUCAAGUACCGUCGUACGCGGUUCUGCAAACGUUUGUACUGGUCAACUCAUCUUCAGUGAAGAAUUUGACAAGCCAAGCGUCAGAGACUUAUCUAAUUGGGAAGCUGAAGUGAAAUUCCCUGAACAGCCGGAUUAUCCAUUCAACGUUUACUUAUCUGAUGGAACAAUGAAUAUAGAAGAAGGAGCGUUGACGAUUUAUCCCAUUCUCACUGAGGAUAAAUUUAAAGAAGGUAUCCUUGAUGACUCACUCGAUUUAAGUAACACAUGUACCGGGACGAUUGGUACCAGGGAAUGCAACCGAACCGCAUGGGGGGGCUCAGAUCCUACCACCCGUAGUCACAGGCAAAGUGACAACCAAGAACAGGUUUAA